GCUUCGGAGACCGCUCCGGAGUUAGCGGACUUCACUUCCGUGCAGUGUCUGCCCCACGACCAUCCAACGCCGCAUCGACGGCCCCGAGGGUAGCCAGACAACAGACUCACUCUCCAGUUCGGUUAUAUAUUAACUUCUGCACCCUUAUCCCUGCAGCCGUGUUCAUCAGAGUUCGUCAACCCCCUGCCGUGACAGUGCAUCACUCGAAAUUGGUCUAUUCAUCGUCAAUCAGAAAAAUGGCUCGCAUUCUCAUUACUGGCUCUGUCGACGGACUUGGCCUUGAGGCUGCCAGACAGCUUGUCCACAGAGGCCACACUGUGUACCUACAUGCACGCAAUCAACAACGUGCAAUGGACGCGAAAUCGGCAUGUCCAGGUGCCGCCGGGGUGUUGACGGCCGACUUAUCCAGUGUGGCAGAAACACAGAAGCUCUGCCACGAUGUGAACGCAAUUGGCAAUUUUGAUGCCGUCAUCCUCAACGCUGGACUCAUGCAGGGUGGCUUUCGCAAAACCCCGGAUACUGGUGCUCCAGCCUUGGUGUCUGUCAACCUUAUCUCACCUUAUGUGAUGUCUUGCUUGCUGCGUCCACCGAAGCGCCUCAUUUUCAUCUCCUCACACCUGCACCGGCAGGCAAACAUGGCGAGCAUGGAUGACAUGUUCUGGUUCAAGCGCGGGGAGACCAGGUACCAAGACUACCCAGCAUAUUGUGACUCCAAGCUUCAUGUCAUGCUUCUCGCCAAUGCAGUCGCUCGGCGGUUCAAAAACACUUCAGUGACUUCAGUGCAUCCCGGGUGGGUGGCGACAAAGCUUGGCGGACAGGGUGCUCCAGAUAAACUGGAGGACGGUGUCGAAACGUAUGUCAUGUUAGCCGAAGGGGAUUAUGAUGAACAGAACCUGUCUGGAGCUUAUUUUGAGCCCAAGAGGAAGAUUGGCCAGCCGAUUCCGGCUGCAAGAGAUGAGGAUCUCCAAGAGAAGGUGGUGCAAGCCUGCGAGGAGGUUACUGGAUUGAGGCUGUCGGCUUAGUAUCCAAAUGUGGUUAUUGAGGAGUUGAUAUUGGACUGCAUAUAUUGUUUGACCGCCAUUGUGAAGCGUACACAAUAGUUAAGGAGGAAAUGUUGUUUGCUCAUCACUUAGAUCUCCGUU